AUGUUUUUUUUUNUUUUUUUUUCAGUUGCUGCAAUCUCCAAUGCGGAAGAAUACUCAAUAGAGAAGAGAGGUGGUGGACGAGCCUUUGUGCCUAUCGAAGAGCGAGGUGGAGCCAGAGCCUUUUUCGGUGAUGAAAAACGGGGCGGAGCCAGAGCAUUCGUGGUGGACACGAGGGGUGGAGCACGGGCGUUCAGGGAUCUGAAACGAGGCGGAGGACGAGCCUUCAUACCGGUCGAGGAACGAGGAGGUGCUCGAGCCUUCUUUAAAGACGAUAAAAGAGGUGGGGCCAGAGCGUUCGUACCUGUGAAAGAAGAGGAUGAAGGUCAAUCAUUCACCGACUUAGAAAAGAAAGGUGGAGCAAGAGCUUUCUUUAUACCAAAACGAGGCGGGGCACGAGCAUUUGUGCCAAUUGAAGAACGAGGAGGUGCUCGAGCCUUCUUCCAAGAGCCCAAGAGAGGUGGAGCAAGAGCAUUCCCAAAACGUGGUGGGGGCCGAGCUUUCGUUCCUCAAAAAAGAGGAGGAGCAAGAAUUUUCCAAAGUACGAAGCGGGAUUAUAUGGACGAGUAUCCUGAAUGGCUAAUGUACGAUGAGCCGUCACCAUUCGAAGAGAGUCGAACCGAUGGCACAUUCUAA